CUGACAACGUUGCAACAUGGCGCUGCACAUGAAAACAUUUCUCUUUAUUAUCAUUACAGUUUUUGUCACCUUUAAUGACUGUAAUGCUAUGAUAGAUAGCUUGUACUGUGGAAAAGAAAACUGCUAUGAUGUUCUUGGUGUCACUAGAGAUGCAGCCAAGUCAGAAAUUGCCAAGAAUUAUCGACAGUUAGCCAGAAAAUACCAUCCUGAUAAGAACAAGGAUGCUGGUGCAGAGGAAAAGUUCCAGGCUAUUGCCACAGCCUAUGAGAUUUUGAGAGAUGAGGACCAGCGAAAAGAUUAUGAUUACAUGCUGGAUAACCCAGAUGAGGUCUAUAGGCAUUACUACAGGUACUACAGAACAAGAGUUGCCCCUAAGGUGGAUGUGAGGAUUGUUAUAGCAGUCUCCAUCACUGUCUUGUCUGCAAUACAGUAUUUUAGUUGGUGGUCGAGGUAUAACACAGCUAUCAAAUAUCUUGUGACUGUUCCGAAGUAUAGACUCAGGGCACAAGACAUUGCCAAAAAACAAGGUUUACUGAACGACUCUGUCAGAAAACGAGGGAAGCGGAGCAAGGAAGCAAUGAGAGAAGAAGAGGAAUCUAUUCUGAGACAAGUAGUAGAAGAAAAUGCUGAUAUAAGGGGUGGGUACAGUAAGCCUAAAAUUACUGAUAUCCUGUGGAUCCAGCUCAUCUUGCUCCCGGUCACGAUAGCCAAAUAUUUCUACUGGUACGCCCGGUGGACGUGGAAAUUCAGCAUUCAGAGAGAGCCCUAUGGGCUGGAGGAGAAACACUAUGUCAUCAGAAAAAACAUGGGUGUUACACAUUUACAAUAUGAGGGUUUAGAAGAAUCUGACAAGGCGAUGUUUUUGAAGCAGGAAUUAUGGAUACCUGAAAACUUCAAGGUUUAUAAGCAAGAGAAAGAAGAACAGAUGAAAGCCAACCUGGCAGAGAAUAGCCGAUACAAAAGUUACAGAAGGUACAUGAAGACCCAUGGGAAAGGCAGUAUGACUUUCCAAGAAUAGAGCCUGGUGUGAAGUCUACCCUGUCAUAUCAUCUCACAGUUCCACCAUGGAAAUGGUAGAAUAACUUUCCAAGAAUAGAUACUGGUGUGAAGUCUACCCUGUCAUAUCAUCUCACAGUUCCUUGUUGGAAAUCUGAGAAUAACUUUCCAAGAAUAGAACUGGGGAGUGUUUCACAAAGACUAAGAUCAACUUUAAGUUGGACUUAACUAUGGCAGGCUGUUCAUGCCACUAUUUUCUCUCAUCCUUCACUGGCAUGGUCUCUCAAGCUAAUCAUGGUCACAA